GGGAAAAUUAAGAGAGAAAUUAAGCAAGCUAGCUAGGUACCUAGACUAGAGAUCAUCAAAUGGCGAUUGGGCAAGUUUUGCAUGAGUUGGAAGUGAAAGUGUCUGCAAGCGAAGCAUGGGAUCUCUACGGCUCACUUGAACUGGCAAAAUUCGUGGAACAAGCACUUCCAAAUCUGAUUGAAAAAGUUGAACUCAUACAAGGUGAUGGAGGGGUUGGCACUAUUCUCAAAUUAACAUUUGCAUCUGGGUCUGGUGUGCAUAAGGAAAAGUUCACAAAAGUGGAUCAUGAAAAGCGGGUCAAGGAAGUAGAGGUGAUUGAAGGUGGACUUUUGGAGCUUGGAUUGAGCCUUUACAGAGUUCGCUUCGAAAUCAUUGAGAAAGUAGAAGCUGAUUAUUCCUCCUCCUCCUGCUGCAUCAUCAAAACCACAAUUGAGUUUGAUGUCAAGGAAGACGCUGCUCCCAACACCUCCUCCCUUGUGUCUAUCGAUCCCUUCAAAAACAUUGCAGAGGUCGCGAAGAGCCAUCUCCUCAACAAACAAUCUCUACCUCUACCCAGGCUCACUUAGCUUUGUAUUUUCCUAUCUCAUUCUAUCCAUAUGCAUAUUUUACUUAUAAUUCAACUUUUUAGUUUUCAACUUUUGUAUUAUUGAUGUCAUAACUCGCCUGCAACAAUAAAAAAUUCUCAA